ACAGAAAGACGAAUAUUAUGAUCCGUGACGUCCUGUUGUUGGGUAAAAUCCACAGAUAAUGCAGAAUCUGUGUUGGCUGGAGUAUAGCUGAAUUUUUGCUGAGUCCUUAAAUAUCUCAUCAGAGAAGUCCCUACAUACACAAGAUGGGUAGGGAGGACAAAACAGCUUGGAAAUCAAACUAUUUUACAAAGUUGGUACAACUUUUGGAUGACUACCCAAAAUGUUUCAUCGUGGGCGCGGAUAAUGUCGGCUCAAAACAGAUGCAGCAGAUCCGAAUGAGCCUGAGAGGUGUGGCCGUCGUACUUAUGGGGAAGAACACCAUGAUGCGGAAAGCCAUUAGAGGUCAUCUGGAACGCAAUCCUGCUCUAGAGAAGUUACUUCCUCAUGUGCGUGGCAAUGUUGGAUUCGUAUUUACUCGCGGAGAUCUUGUAGAAGUCCGUGACAAACUGCUAGAGAACAAAGUCCGAGCUCCUGCUCGCAAUGGAGCCAUCGCUCCUUGCCCGGUCAUCAUUCCAGCUCAGAACACGGGUCUGGGUCCUGAGAAGACGUCAUUCUUCCAAGCUCUGUCCAUUCCCACUAAAAUCUCAAAGGGAACAAUUGAAAUCAUUAAUGAUGUACACAUCCUUAAAGAAGGUGAUAAAGUUGGUGCCAGUGAUGCCACCCUGCUCAACAUGUUGAACAUCUCGCCCUUCUCAUAUGGCUUGCUAGUCCAAAUGGUCUAUGACUCGGGAACAAUAUUUGAGCCCGCCAUUUUAGAUAUCAAACCAGAGGAUCUGCGGGUCAAGUUCGCAGAGGGUGUGGCACGUCUAGCUGCAGUAUGCCUGUCCAUCAGUUACCCAACCUUGGCUUCUGCUCCACACAGUGUAGUCAAUGGCUUUAAGAACCUGCUGGCCAUUGCUGCAGCUACAGAUGUUGAGUUCAAAGAGGCACAGACUAUUAAGGAAUUCCUCAAGGAUCCAUCCAAAUUUGUGGCGGCUGCUACAGUGGCGCCAGUGGCCGCUGCAGCUGCUGCUCCAGUGGAGUCCAAAAAGGAAGAGAAGAAAGAAGACACUGAAAGCGAAGAUGAUGACAUGGGUUUCGGUCUAUUUGACUAAACUUUCACUACAACUUGCUUCCAAUUUACUGUGUAACUCAGAAGUUAAAAGGUCUUUAAUGUAGGUCUGGCAGUUUUCGAGUAUGUUUGAUCUUGUCGCAGUAUUAUUUGAUAAACUUCAGCAUUUUCAUCUGCGAAUCACAAGUGGUACAUCGAUAGUUUUGUGGAUAUGUUUAUCCAUAUGAAUCGUGUCAAUUUUGUGCGGUUUAUAAGGCAUGUUGUGCCGUGUUACAUAUUUGUGUAGCUAUAAUUUUAGAUGUUUGGCCGUAAUCAAUUCAUAGCUGCUGUUGUUGCAGUACUGUUUAGAAGGUAAUGCUAAUGUGACAUGUGAAGGCAGUUUGAUUUUGUGGAAAAAAUUAUUUCCUAUGCAUUCUGUUACAUUUUGUGCUGAUCAGCUAUCAUACAAAGUUAAUUUUUAUUAAUAGAUUUGGAAUCUAAAUCGCAUUACUUUCAGUACAAACCACCUAAAUAACGAUCAUUACUACCGCUGCUACGUGUUCAUUAUUACCAUGCAGUUGUGACCUACUGUAACAUGGCAAUUAAUUUGUGAGUUCCUGCUGUUGCUAAUAGUAACUAACUAGAUGGCUUACCGAACCCGAAGGUUCAUCACCGAAUUAACCAAAGCCUUCCACCGGACCCUGUCCUGGGCCAGCAAAAUCCAGUCUCCUUCAACUCCUAUCUCCCAUAGAAGGAUCAUUGAAGACUUUUAAUUUUGAGUUGCAUAGUGUUGUGAGCAGUUGUUUUGCAAAGUGAUACCUGUGUGUGUUGUUUGAACCAGUUUGUCAUAAAUACACUUGAAGAAUGA